CUUCAGAAAGGCGAGGGGGAGAAGCGGCAUCGUGGGUGGUCCGCCGUGGUGCGCCGACCCGGGUACGCGACGCGCGUUGUGUGGUCCGGCUGAUUCGAGUGUGGUGCGGCUUGGUGCGGCUGUCGCGUAGAAGAUGCGAGACGCUCCGCCCGAGCGAAGCACAGGACUCUGUCGCGUGGUUAACCGGGAUAGAUUCGUCAGCCCGAUCGUACGAAGAUGAUACUCCUGCUGUUCGCCUGCUGCCUGCUGCUCUGCAACGGCUCGCCUUUGGAACUGGAGCAUGGAUUUGCGGCCGGCAACGACGGCGGCGAGAACGGCACGGGGAAGGUUGUGGACCUGAGUCGGAGAAUGAAAGUCGGGGAGUCCAACUAUCUGUUGGACAGGUAUCCCAUAGGCGAACUGUCACCGGACACCUCGGCCUGCCGCAGACCCGCCAAAUGUGUCCCGCUGAUUAAAAGUACUUGUAUGGGUACGAAAUUACCUUACGCUUUUACCACUUUGGACCUCAUACCAGAGCGCGUAACUCAAGACAUUAUUGAGGAAAGAUUGUACUUGUUGCAAGCUUUGAAACAUGUGCCAAAAUGCUGGGCAGUCGUUCAACCAUUUUUGUGCUCGUUAUUCAUGCCGAAGUGCACCAACGACGUAGUCGAAUUGCCGCCUCAAGAGAUGUGCAAGAUGGUGUCGGGACCCUGCAGGAUGCUGAUAAACCACACGAUAUGGCCGAGUUUCGCGAAGUGCGACAAUACGAAAUUGUUCCCGCGAUCAUGCCAGAAUGACAUUAGGGAAUUAAAAUUCAAUAUAUCGGGCAAAUGUCUGAAACCUCUUGUACCUACCGACAACGCUCUUUCGAUCUUCGACGGAGUGGAGGGCUGUGGAACGCAGUGCUACGAUCCGUUAUACACGCCCGAUGAACACAAUCAAAUACACUCGUUCAUCAUAUGGGCCGCAAGCAUCUGCUGCACUUUCAAUUUAUUCACCAUUAUAACAUUUUUGAUAGAUUGGAGAAGCGCAAACAGGUAUCCGGCUGUGGUAAUAUUUUAUAUCAAUGCCUGUUUCAUGGUGUCUUGCAUUGGCUGGCUGGUUCAAUUCACACCUGGCAGCAGGGACGUAAUUGUAUGCCGCAAAGAUGGAACGUUAAGGACGAAAGAACCGAGCGGGGAGAAUCUAUCGUGCGUCGUCGUCUUCGUCCUUGUGUAUUAUUCCCUAAUGGCAGCCGUGGUGUGGUCCGUUAUAUUCACGUACGCUUGGCACAACGUGAACUUGCGAGCGUUCGGCAAGAUAGAUUGGCAAGAUCGGGUGGACAAAAAGAGUGCUUACUUUCAUCUGAUCGCUUGGUGCGUGCCACUCGUUUUGACAGUCGCGAUCAUGGCGUUGGGCCGAAUUGACGGCAACAGCAUGAUGGGAAUUUGCUUCGUGGGUUACGCCGAUCACGUGGCGAAGAUCUUCGUGCUGGGUCCCGUGUUACUUGCUGUACUAAUAGGAGGAUAUUUUAUAUGCAGAGGGCUCUACAUGCUUAUUCACGCGGAAAUAAUCGAUCAAGCGUUCAUGUCUGAAAGAGAUAAAUCGAAGAUAAAUCAAAAUUGUGUUAGAAUAGGGCUCUUUUCAAUAGCUACUCUUGCAGCUGUUGUUGUAACAUUUUACUGCCACAUUUACGAAAUUGAGAAUUUACAGGAGUGGCAACAAAGCUUCAGAAGCUACAUGAUAUGCACGAUUGUGACAAAAUAUGCGGACGUAUCUGAAUGUAAAAUGAGCAUGAGGCCUAGCACAGGUAAACUGCAAUUGCAUUUGCUUGCAUUAUUUUCCAUUGGCAUACUUAAUUCCUCGUGGAUAUGGACUAGCUCGACGGUCGACAUAUGGUGCAGAUUUUUAAGAAGCAUGUGUUUCCUCCUCGUUUGCAGGAUCUUCAAUCGCGAAUCUGAGGAGAUUCCCAUAAGACUGAGCAAGCACAAGCUCAUCGCGCAUUUGUUCGCGAAUCGAAAGACGUUCAACAAGGCCGGCCGUUUGUCAAUAAGUUUCCACAACACCCACGCGGAUCCGGUUGGACUGAACUUCGAUCUCAAUUCCGCGGCGUCGCAGGACAUCAGCAGCACUUGGGCGGCUGCCUUGCCCAAAUUAGUGACGCGAAGGGGCGCGCUAGUCGGCGGCACUGCGGGAUCGGUGUCCAGUAACAGACGGAACUCGGGGGAUUCCGAGAUCAGCUGUAGCUACCAAUGGGUCUCCAUGGAGUCCCGACGAAACUCUCUGGACUCGCAGAUAUCCGUGCAGAUCGCGCAGGUGAAGACAACGCGGAAGGUUGGUGCGAGCCGGUCGCGCGGUCGCCGCGGGAAGAACAGAAGGGAUUUCGGGAAAUCCCGACCGGCCAAAGUCGAUCCGCUCUCCAGGAGAGGCAGCACCACGUCUCAGGACAGUCAGCUGAUGACUCAAGUUCCAAUUCAGAUGCCCAAUAUGGGCAGAAGACUGGGAAACGCCGGACUGGACGAGCGAGCCUUGAAAAUUGUCGACACUAAGAACACGGGCAUGCUUUUGCCCUUUUUGUUGAGAAGGCAGAGCGCCAGUGACGAAAAUUUAAGCAGCGAGGAGAAGAGGCGAGAUUUGGCCGACAAGGAGAACGUCGAUAUAGAAAUGGGCAACAUGGAGAAGGAGGACGAGCAGGACAGUGACAGCGAGGGCAGUCAGUCGGAGGACGAGGUGGCGAUGUUGGAUCCGGAGAACGCGCACGAGCGCAAGAAGAAUAAAGAGCGUGGCAAUAAGAAUUGCAAGACUUACAAUCAUGAAGGCGAUAGAAGAAGUCGCGAGGGCGGUCACAGGGGCAAGUACGUUUUGCAGGACGAAGCUAUGUUCAAGCAUCUGCUGCAGGAGGCUAGCGAUAUUAAGGCGAAGAACGAAAACGAGAAGAAAGAGGCGUACAGGAAAGCUGUGAUGAGCGACUUGGAUUCUAGUCUCACCUCGUGUUAUCCAGAGUUGACGAGAUUGCUGCAGGGCGACGGACAGACCAACGCCAGGGAGAUGGCGACGCAGACUUCGCUGCCGCUCGAUAUACUAGAGAUGGAAGAGUUGAAGCAGAGCAUCGACGAGAUAAUCAAUAGCAGACACUGCAGUUCUAAGGGAACUCAAAUAUCACCACAAUUGAAAAAAAAUAAGAAUAUCACGACGUAAGACUGAGAACUGUUUUUUUUUUGUUCUUUUAAGUAUACUGAAAAAUGUCUGUGCAAGAUAGAUAUCAUUUAUCGAAUUAGUAAAAAUUAUUGCAUCGCUGAUCCAAUUAUAUUUCUUCUCUCGUCGCUUUUAUCAUCGUUAUAGUAUUUUUUGAACAAAAACGAGACAAGCAUUGACUUUUAUCGAUUGUUUUUGACGUUAAGUGAUAUACAAUAAUGAAAUGAUGAUGCAAUAACGAAAGUGCUAAAAAAGGGUUAAAUAAUACCGCUUGAGAAGAUAUGUAGAUACAACAAUACAUAUAAAUAUUUUUCCACAUUUUAUUAUUAUCACUAAAAUAGUAAUCAAAUCUUAGUACACUAUCCAUAACUGACAACUCGCAUCGAGUGCUCUAGGUAAUUAAUUUUUAACUUGUGAUGAUACUAGAAUAUUAAAUAUAUCACGUUGU